AUGCCAGAGGCAAUCACUUCAACAGCCUCGCCGGCUGCCCCGCACGAGCCGCCAUUCACAUACACCGCUAAUAAUGGCUACGUCGAGACAUCCCAAGAAGUGCCUCCCGAAGUGCGCAUGCCGCGCGGUGCCCCUCAUCCAGAAGAAUACAACGAAGACGACGACAAUGACUUUGACGACAUCUUUGAAGACGACGAUCUAGACGAGGAAGAAUGGGGCGGGGACGCAAGAGACCUCACAAAGAACUAUAAUCGCCAGCGUCAGCUGCAGGAUAAUACCAACGGAGCGGCUGCUGCCCCGCGAUCGAACCAACAAAAGCCCACAGCAAACACGUUUGCCAGUGUGGACGACCAGGUCUCCGCGCUGUCAAAAUAUGCUGCCAAGAUCCGUCUAGAUACCGUCAAGCAGAGCGAUGAGAAGGACAAGGACAAGGCCGAUCGUGCCACCAGUGAUCAGGUGCUUGAUCAACGGACUCGCAUGAUUUUGCUGCAAAUGAUUAACCGCGGCUUUGUCAGCGAGGUCCACGGUGCAAUCAGCACUGGCAAGGAAGCCAAUGUCUACGGAGCGAUGCUCGUCGACGACAAGUCGGGCGAUGCGGUCCACAGGGCCAUCAAAGUAUACAAGACGGCCAUUCUAGUUUUCAAGGACCGAGAGAGGUAUAUUACUGGAGAACAUAGAUUCAAGGGUGGUUUUGACAAGGGAAACAACCGCAAGAUGGUUAAGCUCUGGGCAGAAAAGGAGUAUCGAAACUUGAGGAGAAUCCACACCGCUGGCAUCCCUUGCCCGGAACCCAUCACACUGAAGCUGCAUGUUCUUGUCAUGGGCUUCUUAGGUGACAAGAAGGGUUGGGCGUACCCACGACUCCGGGAUGCCACUCUCACUGGAGACGAUGUCGACCAGCAGUGGAGAAGCCUAUACAUCCAACUUCUCGGUGUAAUGCGCAAAAUGUACCAAGUGUGUCGGCUCGUCCACGCCGAUCUUAGCGAGUACAACAUCCUGUACCACAAUGGUCUUCUCUACAUCAUUGACGUAUCCCAGAGUGUGGAGCCCGAUCACCCCCGGUCUCUGGAGUUUCUGCGAAUGGAUAUUAAAAACGUCGGUGACUUCUUCAGACGCAAGGGUGUAGAUACACUCUCUGACAGAGCCAUCUUCAACUUCAUCACCGUCAGUACCGGACCUGUCGAGGAACCUGGUCUGGGUGAAACGAUAGACAAGCUGUACGAGACGCGCGAAUCCGCAGCAAACGAAGAUGAGGCAGCCGCAUUGGAAAUCGACAAUGAAGUUUUCCGUAACCAGUACAUUCCGCAGACUCUAGAGCAGGUGUACGACAUUGAGAAGGAUGCGCAGAUGCUCAGCAAGGGAGAGGGUGGUGACCUGGUCUACAAGAAUCUUCUGGCAGACCAAGUGGUUCAGCCAAAGCAAGACGAGGGGGGAGAGGGCUCAGAGGGCUCAGAUGAUGAGUCCGGCUCCGACGUCUCCCCAUCCGACAGUGAAACCGACGAUGAGGCUCUCUUCGACAAAGGUCGUCCUCGCGGUCGCAAGUUCGAGGACAAGGAUGAAAAGAAGCAACAUAAGCAAGCUGUCAAGGAGGCUAAGCGUGAAAAGAGGAAGGAAAAGAUGCCCAAGCAUCUAAAGAAGAAAAUUGUGUCGAGUACUUCCCGACGCAAGAAGUAA